UGUGCUGUGUCCCUCGGACACAGUGGAUCACUGAUUCACGGAAAGAGCCAAUGAUGUCGGCUCGGUCAUGUGAUCAGCUGUGUCCAAUCACAGCUGAUCACAGAUCAUCAGAGCACUGAUGAUCAGUGUGCCCUGAUGAUCUGUGUAGCCCCAGCAGCGCCACCUGUCAGUGUCCAUCAGUGCCAGCUCUCAGUGUUCAUCCAUGCCACCUUCCAGUGCAACAUCAGUGCCACAUCAAUGCCACAUAUCAGUGCCCAUCUGAGCUGCCUUUCAGUGCCACCUAUCAGUGUGCACUAGUGCUGCCAAUCAGUGCUUGUCAGUGCUGCCUAUCAGUGCCGCCUAUCAGUGCCAGUCAGUGCUGCCUAUCAGUGCCAUAUAUGAGUGCCCAUCAGUG